CGGGGCCGGCGGCGCCGAGUGAGUCGCGGUGGCGAGUCAGGAGCCGAGAAUUGGGAGCCAGCUGCCCGCGGAGCUGCGGCGGCGGCAGCGUCUGCAGCCGUCUCCGUCCUGCAAACACUGUGGCCGGCCGGCCGGCCGGGCGGCUUCUAUGCCCAGCCGAGCCCAGGGAGGAGCAGGUCAGACACUUUUUAUUUUGGAUGAAGGCGGCGAGUCCAGGUGUGAGCUUCCCACCCAGCCUGGCUCGCUCCUCCGUGCGCCCCCACUCCGGCCCGGGCUUUGGAAGAUGACUCUGGAGUCUGCUCUGUGGACUCGAGCGGCUGUGGCGGCGGCGGCGGCUCGGGGAGGCAGCCGAAAGUAGUAGCACUUGGUAGUAGCGGCUGGUGGAAAAGUGAGCCGGGGUGUCGGGGACUCGGCUCUCCCCGCGCUCCCCCGGCACAGGGCUCCUCGGUGCUCCUUCCCCUCGGCUCCCCCGCGGCCACAGCAUGAAGUGGCGCAACGAUGGCCAGGAGAGGUAAGAAACCCGUGGUGCGAACGCUGGAGGAUCUGACGCUGGACUCGGGUUAUGGUGGUGCGGCGGACUCGGUGCGCUCCUCCAACUUGUCCCUGUGCUGUUCCGACUCGCACCCGGCAUCCCCGUAUGGCGGGAGCUGCUGGCCGCCUCUAGCUGACUCCAUGCACAGCCGGCACAACAGCUUUGACACUGUCAACACUGCCCUGGUGGAAGACUCCGAAGGGCUGGACUGCGCCGGUCAGCACUGCUCGCGGCUGCUGCCGGACCUCGACGAGGUCCCCUGGACCCUCCAGGAGCUGGAGGCUCUGCUGCUGCGCUCGCGGGAGCCUCGGGCAGGCCUGGCGGUGCCCGGAGGCUUGCCCAAGGACGCGCUGGCUAAGCUGUCCACGUUGGUGAGCCGGGCGCUGGUGCGCAUCGCCAAGGAGGCGCAACGCCUGAGCCUGCGCUUCGCCAAGUGCACCAAGUACGAGAUCCAGAGUGCCAUGGAGAUCGUGUUGUCCUGGGGCUUGGCAGCUCACUGCACAGCGGCCGCGCUGGCUGCGCUGUCCCUCUACAACAUGAGCAGCUCCGGCGGCGACCGCCUGGGCCGCGGCAAGUCGGCGCGCUGCGGCCUCACCUUCUCGGUGGGCCGCGUGUAUCGCUGGAUGGUGGACAGCCGCGUGGCGCUGCGCAUCCACGAACACGCCGCCAUCUACCUGACGGCUUGCAUGGAGAGCCUCUUCCGGGACAUCUACGGGCGGGUCGUGGCCUCAGGGCUGCCCCGGAGCUGCAGCGGCCCCAGCUCGGGCCCGGGUUCCAUCUCAGGCCCGGGUUCCAUCUCAGGCCCGAGCUCGGUCCCCGGGGCGGCCCCCGCGGCGGACAAGGAGCGAGAGGCACCCGGAGGGGGAGCGGCGAGCGGCGGCGCCUGCAGCGCAGCCAGCAGCGCCAGCGGGGGCAGCAGCUGUUGCGCCCCACCAGCAGCCGCUGCCGCAGCCCCGCCGGCCACCGCAGCCGCCAACCACCACCAUCAUCACCACCACGCGCUCCUCGAGGCGCCAAAGUUCACCGUGGAGACACUGGAGCACGCCGUCAACAACGACUCGGAGAUUUGGGGGCUCCUGCAGCCCUACCAGCACCUCAUCUGCGGGAAGAACGCCAGCGGGGUGCUGUGCCUGCCAGACAGCCUGAAUCUUCACAGAGACCCGCAACGGUCAAGCAAGCCGGGGGAACUGCCCAUGUUCAGCCAGUCAGAGUUGAGGACCAUCGAGCAGUCCUUGCUGGCCACCCGUGUGGGCAGCAUCGCAGAACUGAGUGACCUGGUGUCCCGAGCGAUGCAUCACCUGCAGCCCCUCAAUGCCAAGCACCAUGGAAACGGCACCCCGCUGCAUCACAAGCAGGGGGCGCUCUACUGGGAGCCCGAGGCCCUGUACACCCUUUGCUAUUUCAUGCACUGUCCGCAAAUGGAAUGGGAAAACCCCAACGUGGAGCCUUCCAAGGUCAAUCUCCAGGUGGAAAGGCCUUUCCUCGUGCUGCCGCCGCUGAUGGAAUGGAUCCGGGUGGCCGUGGCGCACGCCGGCCACCGCCGCAGCUUCUCCAUGGACAGCGACGACGUCCGCCAGGCGGCCCGGCUGCUGCUGCCGGGCGUGGACUGCGAGCCGCGCCAGCUCAGGGCCGACGACUGCUUUUGUGCUUCACGGAAGCUGGACGCGGUGGCCAUCGAAGCCAAGUUUAAGCAGGACCUGGGCUUCCGGAUGCUGAACUGUGGGAGGACGGACCUGGUGAAGCAGGCGGUGUCCCUGCUGGGCCCUGAUGGGAUCAACACCAUGAGCGAACAGGGCAUGACCCCCCUGAUGUAUGCCUGCGUCCGUGGGGACGAGGCGAUGGUUCAGAUGCUGCUGGAUGCCGGAGCUGACCUGAAUGUGGAGGUUGUCAGUACUCCUCAUAAAUAUCCAUCCGUCCACCCCGAGACCCGCCAUUGGACGGCUCUGACUUUUGCUGUGUUGCAUGGACAUAUUCCUGUAGUUCAGCUUCUGCUGGACGCCGGGGCCAAGGUGGAAGGCUCUGUGGAACAUGGUGAGGAGAACUACUCUGAAACGCCCCUCCAGCUCGCAGCCGCUGUAGGAAAUUUUGAGCUGGUUAGUUUGCUGUUGGAGCGUGGCGCUGAUCCCCUGAUAGGAACCAUGUACAGGAAUGGAAUUUCUACAACCCCUCAGGGUGAUAUGAACUCUUUCAGCCAGGCCGCAGCCCAUGGACACAGGAAUGUGUUCCGCAAACUGCUCGCUCAGCCAGAGAAGGAGAAGAGUGAUAUCCUGUCCCUGGAGGAGAUUCUGGCUGAGGGGACUGACCUGGCGGAGACAGCCCCGCCCCCCCUGUGUGCCAGCCGCAACAGCAAGGCCAAACUGAGAGCCCUGAGGGAGGCCAUGUAUCACAGCGCUGAGCAUGGAUACGUGGAUGUCACAAUUGAUAUCAGGAGCAUAGGUGUCCCAUGGACUCUGCACACGUGGCUGGAGUCUUUGCGGGUUGCCUUCCAGCAGCACCGCCGGCCUCUCAUCCAGUGCUUGCUGAAGGAGUUUAAGACCAUCCAGGAGGAAGAAUACACCGAGGAGCUCAUUACCCAAGGCCUGCCCCUGAUGUUUGAGAUCUUGAAAGCCAGCAAGAAUGAAGUGAUCAGCCAGCAGCUCUGUGUCAUCUUCACCCACUGCUACGGACCCUACCCCAUCCCCAAGCUCACGGAGAUCAAGCGGAAACAGACUUCACGCCUGGAUCCUCAUUUUCUGAACAAUAAAGAGAUGUCGGAUGUUACCUUUCUGGUAGAAGGAAGACCAUUUUAUGCUCACAAAGUGCUGUUAUUUACAGCCUCUCCAAGGUUCAAAGCGCUCCUCUCCAGCAAGCCAACAAACGACAGCACCUGCAUAGAGAUUGGCUACGUGAAGUACCCCGUCUUCCAGCUGGUCAUGCAGUAUCUCUAUUAUGGUGGCCCAGAGUCCCUUCUCAUCAAAAACAACGAGAUAAUGGAGCUUCUAUCUGCCGCUAAGUUUUUCCAGCUGGAGGCUCUGCAGCGACACUGUGAGAUCAUCUGUGCGAAAAGCAUCACUACCGACAACUGUGUGGAUGUUUACAACCACGCCAAGUUCCUUGGAGUCACAGAGCUCUCAGCAUACUGUGAAGGCUACUUUCUCAAAAAUAUGAUGGUCCUCAUUGAAAAUGAAGCAUUCAAGCAGCUCCUGUAUGACAAAAACGGUGAAGGGACGGGCCAGGAUGUGCUCCAGGACUUACAGAGGACGUUGGCCAUCAGGAUUCAGUCCAUCCACUUGUCGUCGUCCAAAGGUUCCGUUGUAUGAAAGUCUAGAGCAGGGAACGCUCCACGGGGACUUCCCAGUUCUCCUGUUGCAUUGACUUCCCACACACACAAAUUCCACCUGGUGUCUGGUUUGGGCUGGGCCAAGGAGCUUGCCUCUACUGCCUCAGUGUCUCUUGAAUAAGCAAUCUCAGCUCCCAUGCAUUCCUGUUGAAAAACCGAGGACAUUUCACCGGUCUGAGGGUCGAAGCUGGGUCCAGAGCUUGAAGGUCAACGUGUGGCAACCAGGCCAACCCUUGGGGCCAUUGAACAUUCAUUGCCAGGGACCGUUGUCGGAGGGAUGGAUGGAGAACUAAAGGUCGUUUGGGUUCCAGGUUGUCGGUUGAAGAACUUAACUGUACCUACCCUGAAGAGCAUUGUAGUUCUCAUCCAGGAACUUGGUAGCUGCAGUUCAGCAAGAAGCUACCAUGUUAGCAAAUGGAUGAGACUGUUAACCAAUGAGGAGGAAACAAUUUGGCAAAUUUUUAGGGGUGGGAACUUUUUAAAAACAUUCAUAAAAAAUAAUAAUAACAGGGCAGCCUUGUAGUUUAAAAUAUAUUUCUAAAAGCUUCACAGUUCAUUUUAAACUGAAUCGUGUUUAGGGAUCUGUGUUUUGAGGUCGUUAGUCUUUUUUUAAAACAACAAAAAAAAACAAUACUAAGUCGCAGGUCCACGCUGUGUAACAUGCAUCUGACAAGAUACUGCUGAUAUUCUAUACAAGGUGGAAUAACCUUGCCUUAGUGGUCAUGGUUACACAGAAGAGGUGCACUGCCAAUAAUUAUCUCUUAAUUCAAUAGUCAAAAACAACCUGCAUGCUAAUCGUGGUUUCGGGGUUACAAUAAGACACCCCCACAUAACAACAUGCAUUUGCAUGGGCCCGAACCUGUGAGAUGUUAUGUUUGUGCUUCAUUUUUUGCCAAGGUAAAAAUACGCCUUCACUUCUGGCUGAAAGUCCAUUUGGCAACACUGACAUGUCCACUUCGUCUCCUAAUUAAGAAUGAUUCUGGGCUGCUUUUGCAGAAAUGUGUUCCUAGAUGAUGGGGAAUGGGGUGGGGGAGGGGAAGCACGUCAGAGAAUUUGCUAUUAAUCCCAGAGGGUUUUUUUUUUUCCUGUAUUCUUGGAAGAUGUUAAUAGUUUGUUACUAGCCAGAGAGAAUGACUAUGUUAGAUUAUUUUUAAAGAUGAAACAUGUACGUAUGAUAGGAUGGAUUCUUUCUAUAUUCUGACAGUGUACAGUAUAGGGUUAUCUAUAAUGAAAGUUUAUAUUGACAGGGUUUCGUUUGCUCUGCCAUAUAUUAUAAGCAGCAGAGGUUGGUGAAGUGCCACAAUAUUCAGAAUAACUUUUGAGUUGCUGCCUUUUUUCUUGUCCUUGAAUUUGGAACCUAGAGACAUGUAGUAAAGACUAAGAGAAUGGCUCUUACCCUUUGGGAUGGCCAAGUUUCAUUGAUAAACCUAUUUCCUAGCAUGCCUUCGGGAAGUUGUACCCAGAUCCUAGAUUCUAGAAGAGCUGCAGUUUAUCUGUCCUACCAGCUCCCGAAGAACCAAUGUCGAGUCCUGUUUCAUGUGUGUGACCCGUGGAAUACUCAGGCCACAUCUGUCUACAGUAUUGGUCUUCUGUGAUGCUGACCCACAAGGCCUCUCUUCCACUUGGUCAUCUGCCAACCUCCCCAGAACCUACAAUCAAAUGAGGAAGGGAAAAAAAACUGCCUGCAGAGGAGUCCAUUCAAGUGACAGCUACACAACACGUUGUCACCGCUGUCUUCUGCCUUCUCCGUGUCCUCAGAGAUGCCACGUGGAUGUUUCCUUAACUGUGACUUCCUUCCUGUGAAUGUCUGCUGCUAGUUCAGGGCCUCCAGGUAUUGAUCUGUACAGUGGCAACUCCCGACGGGGCUUCUAUUAUAGUUGGGUGUGCUUUCUCUGUCAUUAAAAGAAAUGAUUUUCCCAAGCCAUGCAUUGUUUGUCUAGUACCAGUAUGAUUUUUACCCAACAAUUCUGGCCUGAGAACUUGAAUCAGUUAAGGGACUGGAAAAUGUAACCCUGCAGAAAAAGCCAGGGGAAAUGAAGGAGUUAGAUAAAAGACAGAUGUUUAUCUUGUUGGUGGAGUCCCCGAGUGGUGCAAACGGUUAACACGCUCAGUUGCUAACCAAAGGGUUGGAGGUUUGAGUCCAUCCAGAGCUACCUCAGAAGAUAGGCCUGGCGAUCUACUUCCAAAAGAUUAGCCAUUGAAAACCCUAUGGAGUACAGUUCUACUUUGAUACACAUGGGGUCACCUAUGAGUCAGAAUCGACUCAAUGGAAACGGGGUUUUUGUUUUUUGUUUUUGUCUUAAUUGGCAUUGGGUGAUGGGCCAACCAAGCUCUAGUUCCCCAGGUCCGUACACACCUCUGGGUGGUGCCCUAGGGUUUACUUCCCAUCAGCCAAAGCAAUUACAGGUGUCGCCACAUGGGCCACUAUCCUAGUAAGCGUUGCCUACUGUAGGUA